AUGGACAAACGCCGCCAGCCAUCAGCAUUUGCUGAUAUCGCAGACACCGACGAAGACUUUGAAAAGUAUCUGGAGCGUGAACUCGCCAAACUGGCCGAGUCCAAAGCGGCCGAGAAGAUUUCAAAGACAGAAAAAGCAGAAAAGGCAGUAAAAGCAGAGACAAGCCGGCCGUCAUCACCACCAAAAACCGCCUACGUGGCCCUGUCUGCCUUUCCACCAAAACCGAGAGCCAACCCGGGCCUCGUCUUGGCCGUGCCACCGUCGCCACCGUCCAAAGAUGCGCCAUCACAACCACCACACACCGUGUCAGCCACGCCUGUAUCGUUACGGCCCGUCACACCGCCCAAGCAGCCGCCCUCGGCACCGCCUACCGCACCGCUUCCACCACCGCCUGCUGUCCCUGCCGGUGGGUCGCCGCCGCGGUACCAGCCGCCCAAGCCGCUGCGUGUCGACAUAUUGCCCGUCCGCGGACCCAUGGGCGGCUCGACCGCGACAAGGCCCCGCCCAAUGUCGUACGCCAGCAACAUGUCAGCCACGUCCAUGCCCAUGUCCAUGUCCACAACCACCACCACGCGCCGUCCUAUCAAGUACGGCAAGGGCAGACAUGCCCGCACCGAGCUCGUCCCGCAACCCUCGGAUGACGCAGCCGACCCGCUCAACUGGCCGCGCUGGAAGAAGGAGGCGCACUACGGCACCCUGCUGCUGUUUGUGGCCCUCGUCGGCGUCAUGAAGACAGCGCUGUUUGCCGUGCACAGCCAGGUGGCGACGCAAUACGCCGUGUCCUACACGGCGGCAGCCGCCCUCACAGGGGCCCCCCUGAUGGUGUCGGCCGGCUCCGGCUUUGCGUGUCUGGUCGCCUCCCGCCUGUGGGGCAAGCGGCCGCUCUACCUCGCGUCGGCCGCGCUGCUCUUCAUCGGCACCAUGUGGGCCAUCACGGUGCCCUCGCACAACUUUGCGCAGUGCAUGGCGGCACGCGUGUUCCAGGGCCUCGGCUGGGGCGCGUUUGAUGUGCUGGUGCUGGGCUCGGUGCACGACACAUAUUUUGCGCACGAGCGGGACACGCGGACGGCGGCGGUCGAUCUCGUGGCCGUGGCCUGUACCUGGGGCGGCCCGCUGCUGGGCGGCGUCGUGUCCACGUCGACGGCCUCGGCCACGUUUGGCACGCAGUUUGCCGUGCUCGGCGGCUUUCUGGUGGUGGCCACCCUGGGUCUCGUGCUGGCUGUGCCCGAGACCACCUACGACCGCUCCUACUACUCGCUCAACACGCCCGUGCCGCUGUCGGCAUGGUCCAACAAGGCCCUGCCGCUGCGCCCGCGCACCAAGUUUUCCUCGGUCCUGUCCAGAGAGGCCGUGCGCGACUAUGUGACCGCGCGCAACCUGCGCCCCGUGUCCUACGCGUCCCCCUCGUCGGCCACAGACGUGGCCAUCCUGCUACAGGUCCCCCGCGCCAUGGCCGCGCCCACGACGGCCCUGCUGACGCUGGUUACCCUCUUGCCCUUUUGCGCGCUCUGGGGCAUGGCCGCCUCCGUCGGCCUCUUCUUCGCUCCGCUGCCGUUUGACUUGUCGCCGCGCGGCCUCGGUGCCCUGUUCACCGGCCCCUGGCUGCUGGCCACGGUUGCCGUGCUGGCCACGACCGGCGGCGGACUCGCCCUGCUGGGCCGUCUGGCCGCCAAGGUCAACGUGCCCUGGCCGUCGUGGACCGCCCGUCUGCUGUCGACCGCGCGCCACAACAUGGUCGCCGUCGCCGCCGGGUCGCUCCUCGUGCUGGUCGGCCUCCUCACCUUUGGCCUCUACAUUGCCUCGUGCAUGAGCCUGAUGGCCGCCGCCGCGCGCGCCAACCACGCCUCCUUCUUCGCCGUGGCGGCCGCCGCCCUCGGCGCCGCGGGUGAUGCCCCCGCCGUGCACCUCCCCGCCGUGAGUUUCCUGCUGGGCCUCCUCGCCGCCGGCACCCAUCUGCUCGACGCCACCGUGCGGCCCAUGGUCCGCCGCUCGGCCCAGUUCACCUCGCCCAACCUCAUCGUCGCGCAGCGCAACACCGUCGACAUGUGCGGCGGCCUGCUCGUGUGGCGCACGCUCGUCAGCGGCGCCUUUGUCGUCGCCCUGCCCAACGCCGUCUGGUUCUGGACCCUCCUCAAGGCCGCCAGCAUCGGCCUCGUCGCCGCCCACGCUGCCGUCGCCGCUGUUGUCGUUUUCGCCUGGUGGCGCUACGACGAGACGGUGCGGCGGCUGGAUGGGCAGGUCAUGCGGAGCGUCGACCUCGGCAUGCUGAAGGGGACAGGCAGUUUCUUUGACACGGACUAG